UCGCUGAAGAGACUCACCAAGGCCAUCUUCAACGUGACAUCCAGACGGGGAAGAAGGGCCACUCUUCUGUGGAGGAUGCCAGAGCCACUAUGGAGCUUUACAAGGUGGUGGAGGAGGAGUGGGAGAGGCAGCUGGCCUCCAAAUCACAGGCCAGUUAGUGUCAGAUUACAGGACACGACAUGGAAAUAAACUGAGCUUAAAACGGACAUUUGGUGUGGCCGACUGGUUUCAGGAUCAAACCCCCCCCCUCUGCUGUCCGGGUGAUGUGUGAAUGUUAAUCAGAUCUGCAGUCCAGCUGUUCCAGGACAACACUGAGCCCAGAGUGACGCUCACGC